AGUCACGAGUGCCUCUGCCCCACCCAGAUCACAUGACCCGUGUCACGUGACCACCAGCCUUCAUACCGCGUCCUGGUUCACGCGCACGAGCUUCCACUGAGCGAGGCUAGCUGUUAGCUUUUAGCUGCAAGUGUCUUGACGGCCAAGAUGAGUUUCCUGGGGGGUCUGUUUGGGCCAGUGUGUGAGAUAGAUGUCCUGCUCAACGAUUCCGAGAGCCGAAAGACUGCUGAACUGAAGACAGAAGAUGGCAAAAUGGAGAAACAUUAUCUGUUUUACGAUGGAGAGUCUGUGUCCGGCAAGGUGACUCUAAAUGUGAAGCAGGGAGGAAAGCGACUUGAACACCAGGGCAUCCGCAUUGAGUUUGUUGGACAGAUUGAGCUUUUCUCCGACAAAAGCAACACCCAUGAGUUUGUGGAUCUGUUGAAAGAGUUGGCACUGCCCGGAGAGCUCACCCAGAACAAGAGCUAUGACUUUGAGUUCAUGCAGGUAGAGAAGCCCUACGAGUCCUACACUGGAGCUAACGUCAGGCUAAGGUAUUUUCUGAGGGUGACAAUAGUGCGUCGACUGUCAGACCUUGUGAAGGAGUACGAGCUGAUUGUCCACCAACUGGCAACCUACCCAGAUAUCAACAACUCUAUCAAGAUGGAAGUCGGCAUAGAAGACUGUCUUCACAUCGAGUUUGAAUACAAUAAAUCCAAGUACCACCUAAAAGAUGUCAUUGUUGGAAAAAUUUACUUCCUGCUGGUCAGGAUCAAAAUCCAACACAUGGAGCUGCAGCUAAUCAAGAAGGAGAUAACAGGCAUAGGUCCCAGUACGACCACUGAGACGGAGACGGUUGCUAAGUAUGAGAUCAUGGAUGGAGCCCCGGUUAAAGGAGAAUCAAUUCCCAUUAGACUGUUUCUGGCAGGGUACGACAUGACACCCACCAUGAGAGACGUCAACAAAAAGUUCUCUGUACGCUACUUCCUGAAUCUGGUGCUGGUGGAUGAAGAAGACAGGAGAUACUUUAAACAGCAGGAGAUUGUGUUGUGGAGGAAAGCACCAGAGAAGGUGAGGAAACGAAACUUCCACCAGCGUUACGAGUCUCCAGAUCCCCGACCUCAGCCUAGUGCAGAGGAGCCAGAGAUGUAAAGGCGAGCGAGGCCAUGAACUGAAACACAAACACACAUGCCAACUCUUCACUGCUGAGCAGCCAGAGGUGUGAGGCUACCCCACUCUCGUAUUGGACUGUAUACACACCCACACACACAUUGUGACAUGUUCCUCCGCCCAUCCCUUCAGCUUCAAAUGUGAGCUGUGCUUUCCGUGUCACAGCACCGCACUCAUUUUUGGACGCAUGAGCACACGUAAUAUGUUGAGUGCCUGAUGUCAAGCGGUGAGACAUUUGAUCUUGAAGGCACAAGACUACACGCACAAUAGAAAGCUGAACUCUUUUUGCAAGAGCAAAAAAAACAAGACCGAGUUACUAGCAACUUCUUACACCUUCUUUGGUAGAGGUUUUUUUGUUGUUGCACAUGCUCUUACAGUCAUGUUUUUUGCCAUUUGGAUGGACACACACACGCCGUUCUUUCCCCAGGGAUGUCAGAAAUUGGACUUAAAAAACAAAUAAUCUGAUCAUUUGUUUUUAACAUGGUAUUUUGUUUCCUGUUUUUGGGCAAGAAAAAUGUCAACCAUCUUUUAAAUGAAUGUUGUGUAUAAUACAGUUUAUUUACAGAUGAAUACAUUUCAGGUUUUCAUAGGUUUGUGAUGCAGUUUCCACAGUUUAGUUUUCUGUUAGGUUCAUUGUCUGAAGUGUGUGUGUCUUAUUCUCUUACAUCAAUAUCCACGAGUCAUGGAAGUCUAUUGAUUAUCAUCAAUUAUUUAAAGAACACCUGUCAAAAUUGAAAAACUUGCGUAUUAACAGGAAUUUUUUGGAAUGGCUUUCGGACAAUUGAACGGUUACGUUAAAUCUUGCAUCAUAGACUUUGACAUGCAGCCUGUGUUGCAUGUUUAUGCCUUAAAAGAUUAACAUACACUAAAAGGAAAUGAAAGCAUAAGAGGUCUACCUCAUCUGCAGUUGGAAACAUAAUUGAAAAAUGUUUUCAUUUCAAACAGUUAUUUGUCAUCUCAUGUGGCAAAUCGUGACUCCAUGAUAUUGAUUUCAUAAAAGCACUCAACCAUUGAGUUUGUAAUUUCAGCUCAACAGUUGAAUGUAACUUUUAUUGUAUCCUAAUUUGGGAACGGUUUAUGUGCAAGGAACAUUUAAUUUAUUCCCCCCUGUCAAGACACAAUGUCUUUCUAGUCAUGUUGGAUCUUUUCUUUUAGAAAACUAUUAAGGUGAUGAAGAAACCGAUGUUUUGCAUGUUUAUCUUUUUGCAAUGAUACACCAUAUCAAGAGCAUCUGUGUAUGUACUGUAUAUAUUUUGAACCUCUAAAUAGAGCAUAAAAUAAUCAUGAUUAAAGGAAAUUUAUAUUGA